AUGAGAAAAAAACUUGAUCAAGUGAAGGGAAGCUGUGUCAACAACCUGAGAGGAUUUUUCAAGACGAUCGUAUUUCUCAUUGUCUGGGUCUCUUUCAAUCUGACUGCAAUGACAAUAGUCGUAGGAUUGGUUCAACAAGAACCGAUAUAUCUCUUUCCUGUUUGGCAUCCAUUCGACAUCAAUAAUCUAGUUUUUCAAAUUAUCAUACUCCUAUGGCAGCAGUAUUUUCUAUCAACUAUGAUUUUUAUGGCAUUUGGUGGAGGCUCAAUGUUAUACAUACCUUACGUUCAUAUCAAAUCUGAAGUGAAUCUUCUGAAGUAUGCUUUGAGAAAAAUCGAAUCCAGAGCUCAUGAAAUGGCUCGAAAACGGAAAGCUUUUAGAGACGCAUCGAUUAAAAGUAAAGUGCUGUCGGAAUGCUAUAAAAAAUGCUUAAAAAUGUGUGUUGAACACCAUUUAGAAAUAUUGGGAUAUUUUUACAGAGGAAAGCGAUUGACAGGAAUCAUAUACACAACUGGUUUUUUCAGUGGUGUCAUAGCUUGUACAUUUGGUGGAUAUAAUAUAACUUCAGUAAGUAAAUACAUACACGUUUUCAUAAAAAUUCAGGUAUUCUGA